GAUAGACACUACUGCAUUUCCUAAAAAUAAGGAAAGCCACACAAGUGUAACUAAUGACAUAAGAAUAGGACAAUAACUGAAAUGAUAAACCUAUUAACAAAUAAUGACUUUGUCAACUGACUUAUUCAACAUUCCUUCCCUUAAACUGAAACAUCAACACUCAUUUUGGUAGUGACCAUACUUGUGGCAACGAAAACACUCAACUUUUGAUUUGUCUACUGACCUUGAUUUAUGAUAAAGUUCGAUUCUCCUCCCAAAAAGCUUUAAGCUUGUUCCAUGGCGGCUCUCUACAGAAUACGAAGCUAUCAUUUCACAGUCUUUAGAAUAACAGCAGAGGGGCUGAUCACUCAACGCGGCAAGAACGCCACUUCGACUAAACUCUCAAGACCCAUUUCCACAAAUUGCAGUGCUUUUCUUCCUCCAGAGCACUUCAAAAUUGUAGAUACCCUCAUUUCUAUCCUCACAAAGCAUCCCAUUAUUUUGGAAAAACAGCAAGCCGCAGACUUGGGGUUGGAGCUCACUCCCAAGAUCGUUGAAUCCGUCCUAAGGAGUCUCAAGAGUUGGAGAAUUUCCCAGGUUUUCUUUGACUGGGCCUCGAACCAACCUGGGUACCACCACAAUUGCUACACCUUCAAUGCCAUGGCUGAAGUCCUGUCACGUGCUCGACAAAAUGACUCACUGAGAAUUUUAUCAGCUGAGUUAGUUAAAUCCGAGUGCUAUAUGACCCCUGGGGCAUUGGGUUUCUUUUUGAGGUGCUUGGGUGAUCAAGGUCUGGUUAAGGAGGCUAAUGCGUUGUUUGAUCAGUUAAAAGACUCAGGCCUUUGCGUCCCGAAUAUUUAUACUUAUAGCUGCUUGCUGGAGGUAAUUUCAAAGUCCAAAGAUGUUGCUACGAUGGAGCUGAGGUUGACCGAGAUGCACGAUUACGGCUGGGUGCUGGACAAAUAUGCACUGACUCCCGUGUUGCGUUGCUACUGCAAUGCGGGGAGGUUUGGAAAUGCUUUGAACAUUUUCAAUGAGAUGCAGGAGAGGGGAUGGGUUGAUGCCCGCGUGCUCUGCAUCUUGUUGGUGUCAUAUACCAAGUGUGGGGAGGUGAGCAAGGCAUUUGAGCUGAUUGAGAGGAUGGAAGGACUCAACAUCGACAUAGCCGAGAAGACGUUUUGCGUCUUGAUUCAUGGUUUUGUGAAGGAGGGGAACAUGGACAAGGCAUUGUUGCUGUUGGAUAAAAUGAGGAACUUGGGAUUUUCACCCGAUGUUGCCAUUUAUGGUGCGUUAAUGGCUGGAUUAUGCAGAAAUAAAGAUACUGAGAAAGCUUUGCGCCUAUUCAGAGAGAUGAAGAUGAAUGAAUCUGGUCUCAAUGCGGAUGUUAAGAUUCUUUCCGAGCUUAUACCUUGUGUGGCCGACGAGAGUGAGAUUAUCUGGUUACUAGAGAACACAAGUAAUUUGAAGUUGGGUCCAAAAGCAAAAAUGUCCCUGUACAAUUCUGUUCUGAGAAGUUUAAUGAAUAAAGGUUCGAUUGAUAAAGCUAGCCAUCUCCUCCGGGCAAGAGUGGGCAUGGAAUAUGACAGUAGUUUUGAUGAUGACAAACUUUUCUUCUUCAUGAAGGAGUUCAUUCGCCCCAAUACCGAAUCAUUUGAAACCGUCAUUGAUGGUUUGUGCAAGUCAGAUAAAUUAGAAGCCGCUCUUGCCCUCUUUCGAGAAAUGAAUCGAAUUGGCUGUCAAAACAGCGUGCGUUUGUACAAUACUGUAAUUGAUUGUCUGAGUAGCUUUGACCGUUUGGAUGAAUGUCGGGCACUUCUAGUUGAAAUGAAUGAUUUGGGAUUCAAGCCAACUCAUUUCUCGUACAACUCCAUUUUCAGAAGCUUAUGCAGGCAAGGGGAUGUCGAACGGGCUCUUGGUGUGGUGAGGGAAAUGCGCAUGAACGGUCACGAGCCAUGGAUAAAGAACUAUACCUUGCUAGUCACAACACUUUGCAAAGAUGGAAAAGCGGCCAUGGCAUGUGACUUCCUUGCUGAGAUGGUCAAAGAAGGCUUCCCCCCUGACGUGGUUGCUUACUCGGCAGCCAUAGAUGGCCUCCUGAGAAUUCAGCAACUGGAUGACGCCAUGGAGCUUUUCAGACAAAUCCGUGGACGCGGCUAUUGCCCUGAUGUGGUGGCUUAUAACGUAAUUCUAAAGGGUUUGUGUAAAGCCGGAAGAGUAAUGGAAGGACAGGAUCUUGUGAAUGAGAUGCUAGACAAGGGGCUUGUGCCAUCCGUUGUUACCUACAACUUACUCAUUGACGGUUGGUGUGAGUAUGGUUGUGUUGAUCAAGCCAUCCUAAUUUUUUCAAGGAUGCUUGACAACCAACAGGAACCAAAUGUCAUCACGUACACUACGUUAAUACACGGGCUAUGCAAUGCUGGGAAACCAGAUGACGCCCUGAAGCUUUGGCUUGAAAUGGAGAGCAAGAGCUGCUGUCCGAAUAGAAUUGCCUUCAUGGCUUUGAUAAACGGGCUGGGCAAGUGCGGCAAGCCAGACGAUGGUCUGGUUUAUUUGCAAGAAAUGGAAAAGAAAGAUAUGGAGCCCGAUGCUUUCGUAUAUAUCGUACUGAUAAAUGCUUAUAUAUCAGCAUCAAAUCCAAACGCAGCUUAUGAUUUGCUGGGAAGGAUGGUCCGGAAGGGCAACUGGCCGGGUUUAGGAGACAAGUACCAUCCACUUCUCAAAGAUGCUAUACUAACCAUGUCUACUGAUCCAAGAACUUCAUCGGAUGUAAGAACUCUGAUUGAAGAUGGCUGCAUCCCUCCACAUCUUUCCCAGAUUGGAUAGCCAAUGACAUGACAUCCAUCCAUGUCUUAAAGUUGUUUGUGUAUUGUGCUGAUAAUAAUCAUCAGAAUAAGCUGAUUCAGUGUAC